AUCACUGUGACAAAGCGGACAUGAAUGCUGCGUCGGAUUUGUCAACAACCUGUGGUUUAUUAUUUUCCUAAAAUAAUUUAAAACGACAACGAAUGCGUUCCUUGUCAAUGUUUAAUGCGAUGAUGGAAAUGUGAGCAAGUAAAACACUGAAGUCUGGUUUUUCGAGUUCAAUCAGAGCGAGAAACUCAAGCUAAGUUUCAGUUUGCUAGCUGUAGAGUUGCGUUUUUGUUUGUAAACACACGUUUGUCUAAAGCCGUAGCGAUGGCUGAUGGAAGGUCUUUCAACGUAAAGUUGUUCAUUUAUGACCUGUCAAAAGGACUGGCCCGUCAGCUGAGUCCCAUGAUGUUAGGAAAGCAAGUCGAGGGAAUAUGGCACACAUCUAUAGUGGUUUAUGGGGAAGAGUUUUUCUUUGGAGGAGGGGGCAUUUUAAGCUGCUUUCCGGGUGGUACUAUUCUAGGUAUGUCUGAUUCCACAGUGGACCUUGGAAACACAGAAGUUCCCCGGGACCUUUUUCAGGAAUAUUUGUCUUCGCUCAGGGAGUCUACUUACAGACCUGAAAAAUACCACCUCUUUGAACACAACUGUAACACCUUUAGCUCUGAGGUUGCACAGUUUCUAACAGGAACUAAGAUUCCCUCAUACAUCACUGACUUCCCAUCUGAGGUGCUCGCUACACCUUUUGGACAAGCACUCCGUCCUUUUCUCGAUUCAGUCACCAUCACUCCAUCGGGGGAUAAUGGCAUGAAUGGAUAUGGCCAGUGGUAGAUCUGGCUGCAUCUAAAAAUGUAUUAUUGCAGCAGUCAUGAAGCUUGUGUAUCAGACUUAUAAUAAUAAUAAUAAUAAUAAUAGUUUACUUAUGUUUCACCCAUUGUGCCUAUAUAAAUAGCAUUUAUAUAAAAGCAGGUCUUCCAGAUUUUCUGCUCAGUGCCUUUUCAAACUCAAGUGAUGAGUUUUUCAGUCUCUUGAACUUUCCUUCAGUGGUCUGCGGUGUAAACAAAUAGUCCGGUUUGUCUGUAUAGUUGACUUUUCAGUACAGGAUUUACAGUUCCACUGGUACAAACUACCAGUGGCAACAAAAUGUUAGCUAUAAUAACCCCUGUGGAUGUUUGAAAUGUAAAAUGUAUUUUAUAAAACUACAAAGUAGCAUUAUAAUUACUAGGCAAUUGUUUGCACUAAUCUUUAACAAAACAGCCAACUUUUUAAAAAAUAAUUUAAAUGUACCAAAGCAAAUUGUAUCAGGAUUCCCCUCAACAGUCUGUAGGUGUCUCUGUUCUACCUCAACAUGAUCUGUUGCGUUAAGUCAGAUGCUUUAAGAGGAAUAGAGGAUGAGAAUUAGGUUGCUAAUUAUUAAAAAUAUGCUAUGGUGAUUAAUACUGAUUUGAGGAGUGACAUUUAGAGUCCCUUAUUUAUGUGUAAAUUAAUUAGACAAUUCAUGCACCUUUACUGUUUACUGUGCUUUCAGAUGCCUAACUCAGUCACUCUUUCCUUAAUCAUUCACUUCCUUUGUACUGAUUGUUGACUCUUUCUGUGUUGUAAGUUGUUAUCUAAACCUUACCUUUACUCAGAACAACAUUUAUAUCAAUCCUAGAGUGCCAUGAAUAUAUACUGAAGAGGGUUUAAGGGAUCAGUGACGUCGCAAGAAGCACAGUGUCCCACAGAUGAAGCUAAUGAAUGUUUUAUAAAUGUGCAUUUUUUGCAAAUUUGUUUAUGUGCAGGUGUCACCAGCAAUGGACCCAAUAGGAAAGUUGUUGUAUUUUAAGUCUUUUGACUCUUGUCCAAUUGCUUCCAAUAUAGUAGGAAUGUGGCUUUGGUGACCAUUAAUAGUAAUUAUUCGACUAGCAGUAUGUAAUUCAUAACUAAGUGGUUUGAUGGUAAAUGGUCUGAACUCUCUAAAGUCCAUAUAGGACCAAUGUAAUCAUAACAAACACAUUAGCAAUGAGACAUAUGUAUGAUUUUUAACCGGUUUAUAAAAAUGUGAACGAUUUGUAACUUGAGAUUUUAUAAAUGAAAAACAUUCCUAGUAGUAAUAUCACAGUAAGGUUUAUUUUAGUAGGUUCAGGUUAUGCUGCCUGAUUGAUCUGUGUUACUGUUGUUCUAAAAAAAAAAAAACUAUUUACAGCUUUCCUGCCUCAAAUAAACCUCAUUCAUGUGUUUAAA